UUGUAUGUAACUCAGUCGUCGAUAAUCUCUGAUGAACUCCGGAUCGCUGUGGGAAUCACAUUCAUAAUGAACACUAAUACUUUACUGUUAACUAUUUUUUUAAAUAUUUUCAUAAAUACUUCAGGUGCAAUUGAAUGUCCGACAAUAAUUUCACGGGCACAGUGGCAAGCGAGACGAUCACGCGAAGAUAAUUUUCUUAUCACGCCAAUUCCUUACGUUAUUAUUCAUCACACUGUGACACCAGAAUGUGAAACAUUCGCCGCGUGCUCAGGACGUAUUCGUAAUAUACAGGACUAUCAUAUGGAUGAGUUGAAUUGGCAAGACAUUGGAUUCUCAUUUUUCAUCGGAGGUGAUGGCAAUGUCUAUGAAGGUGUUGGAUGGAAUAAAGAAGGGGCACACACGUACGGAUACAAUAAAAAAUCUGUUGGAAUUGCGUUUAUUGGAUCUUAUCAACGAGAGGAGCCAUCUCAAAAAAUGGUGGAUGCAGCUCACAAACUGAUUGCUUGUGGAAAGGAACAGUUAAUGGUGAGACCAGAUGUUAAAGUUUUGGGCGCUAGUCAAGUAACAGGCACAGUAAGUCCUGGAAAGAAGUUAUAUGAAAAAAUUCAAAGUUGGCCUGAAUGGGCUUCUGUACCAUAAUCAUUACUUUCAGUACGUAAAAAUGUAUUUUCUCUUGCUCUGAUUUUUUGCACAAUAAAAGUUCGAUAUUUGUGGGCUACUAUGCCAAAUUGCUUUCUAA